CCAAAGCUGGGAUCCCAGAAAAUGACUCCUCCUGCCUCUCUCCUUGGAGAGGGUUGGCAUUCACCUGGUGAGGACCAGGCUGCUCCGGGCAGCGAGAUGAGUAACCAGUGUCUGGGCGGAAAGAGCAGAUGUGAGCCUGGCUCACCUAACCUCCUCUGCGAAAGGCACGGGAGAUGUAACAGUCUUGCUGGGGGUCGAAUCUGGUCCUUAAGGACGGAAUCUUAACCCACACCCACUUCACAUCGGACGGGGCUACUGCCAGCCCAAUCCUAGACUGGACUUCUCCUUCCCAUGGCGAUGCUCACUCCUCAGAGUUGGUGGCUCUCCAGAAUGACAGCACUCAAAAUUGACCCAGGCGUGGAAGUCAGUCCAACCAACAACUCAAAGGAUGGCAGAAGCCGAAUUCUGAGUCCAUCACUUACAAGCUAUAGACAGCUUGUGAUCUACAGUUUAUACACCACAGUUUUCUCCAGAGAGAUGGUACCAGCCACUAGACCCAGACCCACCCAAAUGGUGUGACCAGCGGUUAUUGUGUUUGUGUCAGCUUCCGUGCUAAUUAGCUAAAAAUGAUGCGGGCCCGUGAAAAUCAUCUGGCAAGAUGUAUACUUGUCAUUUUCACCUGUGAGCUUCCGCCUGCAAAGUCCAGCUCACCUGGAAAAGAUGCAAGCCCAGAGGGGAACAGAAAGGGCUGCCAGAGUUUGCAAGCAUUUUCUUACUGUGUCUUCAGCCCAGGGGAUGGAAGUGACCCCUAGUACGUCUGGGAAAACUGAGGCCUGGGAAGCUUGCAUAAGCUACCCUAGGAUCCUGAGCCAGGGGGCAUUGGGCUGUAGCCCUGGCUUUCUUUCCUCCCAGGAUGUGAAACCAGCUGAUCCCUAAAGCCUGCUUCCCUGCACUCAGCCUGUCUGCUAGGAUGUUCCUCAUGAACGCCCCACCAGUGGUGGCGCUCCAGUCCAGAUGGGAGGCCUUUGGCCCACCCAGGAGCUUCCACUUUCCCAACUGCCUGUCAGAAUCUAAAGAGGAAGCCGCCAGGGCCUCAGUGAGUGCCAGGGUACAGAUGAUCAUCAGCACACUGCAGCGAGAUGGGGCUACUCUGGGUGUGAGCCAUGAGCGGGUCACACAAAGAGGCCAACGCGAAGAGAGGUGCCGGGACACCAGGCUGGCCCCCAACCCUGCCCUGUGCAAAGAGCAGCCAGAGUUCCCUGCCUGUGGUCUUGAUGCAGACCCAGACUCCCUGGGGAAGAACCAACCUGGGAGACUUGGACCAACCUUGGAGCUGGGGCUGGAUUCGGACAGUGACGACUCUGUGGACCGGGACAUCGAGGAGGCCAUCCAAGAGUACCUGAGGGCGAAGGGUGGGGCUUCGGAUCCUGUGUCCCAAGGAGUCCCCUGUGCCCCAGAGCCUGCCCACAGCAGCACCCUGCCCAUCCUGUGCCCCCCACAACUUCCUCCUGGCUCAGGCAGUGUUCCUGGUAGCACUGUGGGAGUCAGCAAGGGCCAGGGCUCUGCCUCCCCAGCCAGCGUAAGCAGCGAGGACUCCUUCGAACAGAGCAUCCGAGCUGAAAUAGAGCAAUUUCUUAAUGAGAAAAGACAGCAUGAAACCCCAAAAUGUGAUGGGUCUGUGGAUAAAAAGUCAGAUCCAAACGAAAGCUCUGCCAGACUUAAAGGGAGCAGAGAGGUCCCAGCCAGAGUGGCUCCGCCUCAGGCUGUGAUGGGAACCUGUAAGGAGUUCAUCUUCCGAAAACCUCCCAGGUUAGCAAAGAUGAACGCACAACCCAGAAGCCUCCGGCCUAAGGUCACUGCAGAGCCGGAGACCCAGAUGAGCGCAAGGCUGGCCACUCCCAGGACAGAGGCUACACAGAACAGGAGCGGAGCGAGGAGAAGCACAGCCACCAGGCGCAGCAGACGCAGCAGGAGCUCCACCCCCGUGCACCAGGCAUCGGACUCCAGCAGCGAUGAUGGCAUUGAGGAGGCCAUCCAGCUGUACCAGCUGGAGAAGACCAGGAAGGAGGCCAGCGGGGACCCACCUCUGAGAGCCCAGCCGAAGGAAGAAAGCCCUGGCAGCACCCAGCCAAGUGCCUUGCCCGAAGCCCACAGGAAACCCCCAAGCAAGAAGAAGCCAGCAGCCCCAAAGGCGGACUCCACCCCGGGGGGUCUCCGCCUCGAACCCCUCUCUAAGCUCCCGAAGGAUGCCAAAGCCGCCGUACUGCCAGGACACACAGCUACCAGGAACGAGACUGCACACAAGGCCUCGUGCCGGGCGGAUACGUCCACCGAGCUGAUGUGUGCGGAAGCAAUCCUGGACAUUUCCAAGACCAUCGUGCCAGCCCCCGUGAACGGCGGCGACAGGCCUCCGUCCGCCAGCCCACCCUCCUGUCCCCCAGCUGUGCCUCCCCGCUCAGAUGCUGACAGCAGUGCCGUCGACAGCGAUGACAGCAUAGAGCAGGAGAUCCGGAUGUUUUUGGCGCUGAAGGCGCAGGUAGGGAGUCCUCAGCCUGCUCAGGGCCCACUGGCCCCACCUGGCCCCAAUGGCCAGACUGGCAUCCCCAAAACCCCUCUUUCCAAAACACCAGAUCUGCCUCAGAGCUGCAAACGGAAGCGGCGAAGUGGAGGCAGCUCUACUGUAUCCAAGAAAACGAGAGAGGUUAGAGAGAGCACCCAGGAUGGUGACCACAGCCAGGGGAAGGGUCAGCCCAGCAACGACGGGCAGGACCGGCUCAGCCAAGGUAAAGCCAAUGAGGUCCCCGGAGGGGAGGCGGAGACCAAGGGCCAGCCUGCUCCUUCCAGGACAGUUGGGCUCAGUGACGCACACGUGUCACAGGGCAACGAGAGCCAGGGGAAGGCAGGUGAGGGGAAGAGCACGGGUGAAAAGGGCAGCUCCGAGGACAAGAGCAGCUCCCUGGACAGCGAUGAGGACCUCGACAUGGCCAUCAAGGACCUGUUACGGUCCAAGCGGAAGGUCAAGAAGAGGUGCCGAGACCCCCGGGCUGCAUGGAAGAAGAAGGUCAGGUUUGGUGCCACGGAGACAAGGUUCGGGGAGAAGCUGGGCAGCCUCCCUGGAGCCUGGAAAGACCACGGACCACAGGUGCUACGGGGCUGUCUGCCCAGGUGCAGGAGGGACAGCCCAGGUAGAGGCCUGCCGAGCGCCUCCAGCAGCGUGGCAGAGAGAGUGAAGCCGGGAGGCACAGGGGACGAGGGUGCAGCCCCAGCUCCCCUCCACAGGAAGAGAAGUCCUGAAGGAAGGCUGCUCUCCAAGGACACGGCAGCCAGCAGCCGCCCUCCUCCAGCCUCCAGCCCCCUGUCUGAGGACAGCUCGGUGGACAGCGAUGACAGCAUCGAGCUGGAGAUCAGGAGGUUUUUGGCAGAAAAGGCCAAGGAGUCUGUCCGCAGCUCAGAACCUCAAGGAGGGGGCCCUGCUACUCUUGGGCCGGGGAGCCCUGCCAGGCCAGAGAUACUCUGCAAGAAAGAGCCAGCCCUGGGACCACAGCCUGGAGUGUGCACCCGGAGCCAAAGGGCCAGGGGGACCCCUCAUCUGGCCGAAGGAAGAAGGUGCUCAGAGAGAGCUGGGACGCAGGCAGCUAGCCUCUUGAGCCAGACUGGGAGGAGCACUCCCCGUGCUGAGCACUCUGCCUGCCCGCCUGCUACCCCGGGCCGAUGUGAGGCAGCGCUGCCCAGGAACGCCAGCGGGAACAGCUCGGCCAGAGCCUCUCCGUCAAGCAGGAAAGGUGGCAGCAUUCACAAAGACCCGGGUCCACGAGGGACGGAGACGGCCGCUGCGGAAAGUGAUUUUGCUCAGCUGCCCGGUUCUGCCAAAGUAGGUGCUGAGUCUGGAAGUGUUGGAGGGACCUUUCACCUGAACUAUGGCAGCCAGAACUUACUGACCCCCAGCCCUGGACCCCAAGCUGACCUCACCCUCCCAUGGAGUGACUUCACACACCAGAGCAGGCUCCCCAGCCCAUGGACACUGAACUCAGGUCAAGGCACAGCAUGGACUGGGGUCUUUGGGGGUGAGAAAGAAAAGGGGGCCAUGUCCCAGGCUGGGGCCCCACCCAGCCUCUCUUCAGGCCCCAGGAAGGGCCUGCCUCUCCCAGGCUUUUCCCCCUUGCUCUCAACCCAGCUCUUCCACUUCGGGAAGAGUGUCUCCUGGGGAGGCCAACAGGCCGGUCUCUUCAGCCCCAGCCUGGGACUCUCCCUGCAGGGCCCUGCCUUCUCAACCUUCAGGGGGACCCAGCCCGGCCACAGCCCUGUAUUUGGAAGCCCACACUUGCUCAUGAAGGACGGCGGGCACUGGCAGAGCUGGAAGGCUCAGGGGAGCCUCAAACAACACCACAGAAGGCGCUCUGGCCCCGAAGACAACAUCCUAGACCUAAGGUACCAGCACAGGGAUGCCCAAGCCCAGGAAGCCUUGGGCAGUGAUGCCAGUGAAUUCAGUGACACCUCCGUGGAAGACGGGGGCAGCAACAAAGUGAAGGGGAAAGUCCUCAAGUUGUGACAGACAUCCUGGCUGUCGCUGCAUCUAUGGAAAGCAGUGUCUGUGUGUCUGUACCUGUGUGUAUGGAGUCCUGGUAGUUAAAGAGAGAAAACCAGGUCCUUUCUAUGUAGCCGUGUGUGUGUAUAUAUGUACACUAACCUCAGAUGACGUUUUUAUUUAACAGAUGUGUCCUGGUAAACAUGGUUUUUGUAGCUUUUUUGUAAGUUAUUUAAAGUGCUGUAAGAACUAUUUUUGGAAAAUGUUUGAUUUUGCAGGGCGCUCCUAACUGCAGUUGUCUGUGGCCUCUGUGCAUGUGUGGUGUAGAUGAGCAGAGGAGGUUUUGUUCUGACCUUCCCCGUGAGGGUCAGAGACGGGGCUGGGACUUUCUGGUCACUUGCUGGUACAAACGUUGAAGCCUGGGGACGCCGAUGGCUGCCCACCUCGGAAGUUCUGAUGCGACUGAGGGAUGACGCUGGGACAGGGUGUUUCAUGAAGGACCCCAGCCCCUUCCAGAACCUGUCUUCUAAAAGCUGUAAUUACAGC